GGGCGAGUGGCCGGGGCGCUGGGUGACAGAACCGCGGGCGUGCUCAGGCCUUCUUCCCACAUCUGCGGCCCAGGCGAGUGCAUCCUCGGCUCCAACCUGCCCAGCCAACGGAUAAUGGGGAUUCUGGGCGCCCGGCGCAGCCUGGAGUGGCUGCUGGGCUUCUACUUCCUCUCCCAGCUCGCCAGCACCCUGCUGUUCGAUCUGCAGACCUUGCUGCCGCGUGAUUUCUACCCCAUCCAGUUGAGAAACCUGCUGAAGUGGUGCACCCAAGAGUUCAAAGACCCUCUGCUACAGUACCCCCCAAUAUGGUUUAAAUCCUUCCUGUUUUGCGAGCUUCUGUUUCAGCUGCCUUUCCUCCCCAUUGCAACAUACGCCUUCUUCAAAGGAGGCUGCAAGUGGAUCCGCACCCCUGCGAUCAUCUACUCAGUCCACACGAUGACAACCCUAAUUCCCAUUCUCUCCACAGUUCUAUGGGAGGAUUUCUCUAAGAUCAGUGCUUUCAAAGGGCAAGGACCUAAGACUUUCCACGAACGACUAGCCCUCAUGUGUGUCUAUGCCCCCUACUUUCUGAUCCCUCUUAUGCUUCUGCUUUUCAUGUUGUGGAGCCCCUACUACAGGUAUGAGGAGAAAAGAAAGAAAAAAUGAGAGCGAGAACUACUGGCCCAGCAGAGAGAUGCCCACAGGACAGUUUCCUAUUGGACCCAGUACAAGGAAAACUGCUCAGAACCCACGUCUUCAGUAGCAUUUGAAACACACCGGCAGCAGGAGCCACAUCAAACCAUCAUCUUCCAUGGGCACUGGCACAGACUGAUCACCUGAGGGUGGGCAGGGGGUGUGGGCUUGGUAAUAGGGAAGUGGGGCCAAGUACUUCACUAUGUGCCCGGGUUCUGCUGCAGAAUUACUAAAAGCAGCACCAGACUGGAAACUGGAUAAACUUCUAAGAAACACGUCCUGCUCGGCAUCUUCGUGCAUCACUUGGUCCGCAAUAUACAUGUGACCAAUCCCUUGACUCGUGAUUCCGUUCCAUCACUGUUCAUUCAGUGAACAGUGGGAUGUUUCAGGGCAUUUUUAAGUUUGAGAUCAUGCCUCUUUAAUAUUCAUUAAAAACUAUCUCUUUCAUGCCCCCACCCUGCGGGGGAGGGGGCAGCAGGGGAGAGAAAGUAAUCUGAUUUUGCGAGACGUUAAAACUUCAGUUUUCCUUAAGGUUCAGCCCUGGCAUGACUUUCAGUCAAUAAUGGACAAAAUUAGAUGUUUUGCUCCUGUCUUAAACAGCAUCCGAGGAGGAGAGAUUUUUUAAAAGUCUUGUUUAUCCUCUUGCCAAACCUUAGUCCUGUAUUUUUAGCUGCCACAUGACAGAAGUUUCCUUACUCUGAGGGCUGGUUGUCUCAAACCGGACCGAAGUGAUUCCUACUGAGUAACCUCCCAUACGAUUCGCUCGAUCUUGCCCUCCUGUUCCAUCUCAUCAGAAUGGGCCACCAGGCCUCAGUGUCCAGUAUGUAGCGCAGAGGGGGGUCUUCACCAUCGGUGCUUGCUGUUCCGUUAGCUUUCUCUAAAUUCGUACUCAAGGCUAACUCCAAAAAAU